CGCCAUCAAAACCCAUUUCAUAUUCCCUUAGGUAAGUGGCACACAAGCUAGCCAAACGAAUAGAGACAAAUGGCUUCCUGUUCUUGGUCCCCCCGCCUCCUUCCACUCCUCCUGCUACCAAUAUUCAUCCUCUCCAUCUCCACCGCCACCUUUGGCCUUCCUUCAGCAACCAACGGUGCGUCCACAGACAACGCCAGCCUCGAGAGAAUCUCGCCGGCGGCGACCGUGUCCCAGUUCGUGGCAGCCCACAAUGCUGCGAGGCGGCAGGUGGGCGUGCCGCCGCUGUCGUGGGACCCGAAGCUCGCCAAAGUCGCCAAGGCCUACGCGGCCCGGCGCCGCCGGGACUGCCGGCUGGUUCACUCCCCGGGGUUUGCCUACGGGGAGAACAUCUUCUGGGGGGCCGGGCGGCGGUGGAGCACGACGGACGUGGUGGCGGCCUGGGUGGGGGAGAAGCAGUGGUACGACUACAAGACCAAUUCCUGCUCCGGGCCGGACUGCACCCACUACACCCAGGUGGUGUGGCGCACCACGGAGCGGCUCGGGUGCGCCAGGAUCCUGUGCGACACCGGGGACACCUUCGCCGCCUGCGAGUAUCACCCGCCCGGCAACUACGUUGGGGUCCGGCCAUAUUAGAUUAAUUAAUUAUAAUACUCCUCAAGCUGUUUCUUUUCGCUUCUUUCAUCCGUGAAGAUUGUAAAUUGUUCAUUUAAAGCACUGUAAAUUAAGUUAAGUGAAGGAAAAAUCUGUCAUUAAAUUUCAUAAUAAAAAGGCGCACAUUAAAUUUAUUA